CUAGUGCGCUAAGGGUCUUUGAUCUUAGCUUCACCAGUAUUUCGUCACUACCUCAGUCAUUCAGUUUCCUAACCAGCCUCCAAGCUUUGAAUUUGGAUUUUUGCAGCAAUUUAAGUGAGAUAUCUGUCUUAGGAAAUCUUAAGAAACUUGAGAUUCUUAGUAUGAGAGAACUUCCUCUUAAGAAUUUACCAAAACAAAUAGGAAAUUUGACCAGUCUGAGGAAGUUGGACGUCACUGGUAGAUAUCUUGAAACAAUCCCAUCUAAAGUGUUAUCGAAGUUGUGUAGAUUGGAAGAACUGCACAUGAAGUUUCAAUUUGGGAAGUGGGGAAGUAAAAUUGAGGAUGCAUCUGAAGAAACCAACGCUAACUUUGAUGAGUUGACUAGUUUGCUGGAUUUAAACAUUUUGGAAGUUUACAUAUCUGAUGCUACAUGCUUGCCUCAAAGUGUUGAGUACUUCAACCCGAAUUGGGUAGAAUUUGAUAUAUGCAUCAGCAGGGACGUGUUGCUCCCUCGAUAUGAUGGUUUUUCAAGAACCUUGACUCUUGACACAACAAUCAAUAGCUUACCGGAUUGGUUUAUCAGCGUUGUGACAGCGAAAGUGGAGCGGCUAGAGUACACAAAUUGCGAUGAUUUGAAUGACCUUGUUGGGGAAUAUGACCAUGGCAGAUUAUUUGUGCUGAAAUAUCUCUCUGUGAACGGGCACCAUAAGAACUUGAAAGAGAUAAUCAACACAAUGAGACGGGUUUCAAAUAAACCGGUAUUUGAGAACUUGGAAGAUUUGCAUCUGCACUGCUUAUAUUCCCUCGAGGAGUUGUGUGUUGGUGAGCUACCACCUGGGUCCCUACGCAAGCUCAAGUUAUUGAAAGUGCAAACAUGUCAUAGCUUGGUGAAUGCACUUUUACCAUUGACAUUGUUGCCGAGAUUACAAAAUCUGGAAAAAAUCAUUUGUGUACAUCUGGACAGAAUGAAAUAUGUUUUUGGAUCUGAUGAAGGGGGUGUUGAUUCAGAGAAGAUUUUCUUGAGGAAAUUGAGGGAGAUGAGAUUGUGUGCUCUAGAAGAACUAGUAAGAAUAUGCAACGGUCCUGCUCCGCAUGCAAUCUUCCAGAAUCUAAAAGUUUUGGCAAUCUGCGAGUGCAAGGAACUGAAAAGCCUCUUCACAAUAGACGUUGCUAAAUGUCUUUUUCAGUUGGAAGACCUUUGCAUAGAGCAGUGUCCUCGCUUGGACAGAGUCAUUGAAGCAAGCAAUAGCUUGAACAGCGAGAUUACACUUCCGGCGUUGAAGAGAUUAGCUUUGAUUGAUCUUCCGGUGCUCACAAGGUUCUGCACUGAAAGUGGUAAUAUUGAAACUCGGUGUCGGUGCCCUUCAUUGGAAUACUUGUACGUGGAGAACUGCAUCAAGUUUUCAUAUUAUGCAAACUUCCACUUCAGUAAGAAGCAAAUUCACUUCAAUGAUCAACACCAUUUGAGUUCUCUAGUGAAAAGGUGGAAGGAAAUGCAUAAUCAGCUAUAAGAGAGCUGCUGCUGCACUAGGAAAAAAGAGAUGUUCAGUAGUCCCAGAACAAGAUUACUCAGUUAGCUGUAUGAAUGCUAUUAUUAUCUCUUAGUCUUGCAUUGGCCUGCAAUCUUU